CCGGCGUAAAUAAAAAAAUAAAUGAGAAAAAAAACACACACCAGAAAUAAUUGUUUAUGUUUUGCCCGUGCGUGUCUUCUGUUGGAAUGUCAGUCUUUUGUGUUGCAUUCUGUUUCUCUUAAACUUUUUCGCCACAAUGAGCUUUCCGCCUAAUAUCUUGUCCGUCACGCCGCCGGGACUGGACUCCCUUUAUUCGCUUUGCCGACGAGUUUAUCCCAACCAACCGAAUCCUUUGCAAGUGACUGCUUUGGUGAAAUAUUGGUUGGGAGGUCCUGAUCCGUUGGAUUAUAUAUCUAUGUACUCUCACCAGGGUGAUGCAGAAACCAAGACGCCAGCUCACUGGCAUUACAUAAGUUUUGGCCUAUCAGAUCUGCAUGGUGAUGGCCGCGUUCAUGAAGUAUCUGGAAACGAUUCUCCUAGUGGAUUUGGAUUUGAGCUGACGUUUCGGUUAAGAAGAGAGCCUGGAGAAACUUCACCUCCCACCUGGCCUGCAGCACUCAUGCAAGCUUUAGCCAAAUAUGUUUUUCAGUCUGGCAAUAUUCUAUGCUCUGGAGACCAUGUAUCUUGGCACAAUGCUCUUGAUAAUGGUGAGUCUCGCAUACAGCAUAUGCUGAUGACUGAGGAUCCUGUUCUUGGUUCUCUGCAAACUCCUCUUGGACAAGUUACAUUCAUCCAGAUUGUUGGAGUCUGCCAAGAAGAGCUUCAAGCAGCUCAGCGAUGGAAUGGAAAAGGGAUGAUUGAUAUCCUUAAACAAACAGAUGGGGCAGGAGGACCCUGGUUGGUGACAGAUAUGAGAAGAGGAGAAAGCAUACUUGAAUUAGAUGUGUGUGUUCAAGAAGAAAUUGAGUUAGGAAUUGAAACUGAUGGAUCUGAUCUGAGUGGAGUGAGUGCUCGCUGCUCAUGGGUUGAAUCUGAUCCAGAUCAAGUGUCACCCUGCUCUACUGAUAAUGAAGACAGUGGAGAAGGGGGUAAUCUUAAAGAAGGACCUGCCAUCAAACCAGAAAAUCACAAUCAGUCUACAAAAUCCCAUGUGGGGUCACCAAUACCACCUGCCGUAUCAGAAGAAGAGAGAAUUAGAAUAAAAUCUGAACUGAGGAAAGGAUUACUAAGCAACAGAAGCAAGGAUUCUAAUGAUAGGCUUUCAUCACCCUUUGAUAGCAAUGGAAAUUCUUGCCGGAAAAACUCAUUUGAUGAUUCCUCACAAGGGCUGGAAUCAACCGAAUUAAUGCGGACCAGGCGUUUAGAUGGACUGCACCUUACCUUUAACCUUGAAUCUGGCUUGUUGCUUCCUCUAGCUAUCCGUGGUCGUGUUCAGCAUGGGCGCCAUUUUACUUUUAAGUCUGUACUGGGUGACACUGCUAUAACUUUGGUUGCAUCAAAUGUCACCGGCACCUUUGUAACUGCUGACAAUCCCUUUGUUGCUCAUGGACCAUGGCUUCAAGUGUUGGUGUCAGAAGACCUUGCUCAGCAAAUGUCAGAGAGCUUUGAGCUUCUGACAAAUGAAAUUUCUCUUCCAAAAGUAUUCACAUGGAAGGGGCACAAACUGGCAAUAACAAUUGUUGCAGACUGAACUUAAGAUUUCUGAAUAUGUGACUAUGAAAGAUAUUUAUAUUAAAUGUUAUCAAUAUUUAUUUUUAGAGUAGCCAAUAAAUUAAUGCCAGCAAGAGACUGUGCUGAAACAACAUCAACUUGACAUGUUUUGAUGUAAAACAUGUUGAUUUGAUCUAAUUUCAAAACAAUUUCUUUCAAGCAAACUAAUUUUAACUCAA